AUGAAUCGACACUCGUCGGGAUCCGUGGGGAGUCGCUCAUCGGCGCACACUCCGCCGACCAACAGGCCGCUCGGCCACAGCCGCCUCACUGACACCCCUCUCACCGAUACUCCGCCAACAAGUGCGAGCGCCGGCAGAGCGGGCACGCCAGCAUCCGACAGGAUUCUGUCUGGCCGCGUCAAGAAGACGCCGCGCAAAGUCGCCAGAAGAAAAGAAGAUGUCUUGAGCGAGAAGGAGAAGGAAGAGGAGCGUCGGCAGCUGGAUGAGAUGGAUGAGGAAAGAAAGCUUUUCCCUGGCAGCGACAACUGGGCAGAAGAUGAACACAGGCUCUUCAGGAUUUUGUACAUGAGACAGUACUGUCCUCUGUUGCCGUCUCAUUGGGACAUGGACUUCCGAGGCAUUCCCAUCCCAGAUAUUCUCUUUGCGAGCUCUGAUGCCCACCCGCCCGUCAUCAACUCACGAUCAGGCAAUGAUUUCAAGGCAACCAGAGCGCUUGCCCGCCUAAUCGAGCUCACUGGGCAUGUACGAGGGCUCUGUCAGACGCGCCAAAGAUACAGAGCAAGAAUGCUUAUCGAGCGGGAACUCCAAGAGUACACGAAAUGGGCUGAACAGGAUGGAGAGUACGGUCACCUUGACUACUUGCCGAACCUGAUAAUUGAUAUGGUGGACACAAAAAUGACGCCUCAGGCUAUUGAAGAACACAUGCAGCUCCGCCUCAAAGCUGCCGCAGCCACCCACCGCGCACAUUGGAGGAGCGACGAGAUGGAAUCCGCUGGCAAUCACAAAGACAUGGACGAACGCGAGCUCAAAAUAGAAGACGAUGAGGACACCGAGCCCGAAGACAAUAGAGUUGUCCUCGUGCCCGACAAGUACCCGACGCCAUCCCCGCAGAAGCCGCACACGGAACCUCCAUCUACUCUACUGCCCAACGGGGUCAACAACGUUGCUCGUGACCACAAACUUCCAAGCGCGGAACUCGACAGCCCGGCUGAGGGGUCGACCGGUGAAUGUGACAAACUAUACACCCGUCGCCCACCAGUCUUGUAUGGACUGUUCAUCGUCAAUACCUCCGUCAUGGUGCUGACCAUCGACUCAGCAAAGGAAGGGGACGAGGCCUACGUCAGCUAUCAGGUCGAAGUUGGCUUCAGUAAGCGCUACCAGGCCGUAUGGAACGCCAUCACCAUCGCAAUAGUGGUCUGCCUGGCAAGAGACGCCAUGGUGGAUAUGAAGGAGGGCUUUGGCCACUCAAUGAUUGACGGAGACAGCGAUCCCGAUGCGUGA